AAAAAAAAAAAUCAAACCUUUUGUUCUAGGGCUCUUUUUCACUGCUUCUACUCGUCGGUGGCAUCCAUACGCCAUGGUUAAAGAAUCAAGCUACAGCGAAUUCAAGCAAAGACCUCAAAUCAUCAAUCGACCUUCCAUCUUCAUUGAUAUCGACUAAUGUGACUUUCUUUAGUCUUCACCGACUUUAAGACUUCAAGGAUCGAUACUUCAUCUUGUUCUAGCUUCAGCGAGUUCAUGAAUCUAUACUCCAUCGUUCAAGCUUCAGUCUUCUUUCUUCAGAAAUUGAUCUUCCGCAAAUCAAGAAAUCAGAAUCGGUGCCUUCAGUCUUCCUUGGUUCAUUUCAGUUAGUUUGAGUGGCGGAACCCUUAAGGGGCCAGGGGAGGCCGUUUUUUGGCCGACUAGGUACUGCUUGCUGGCUUUAACUCUGUGAUGACGACACAAGAUUCAACAACUCCUAGCUUUCAAGGUCUGUAAUAUCGCACAUAAUCACAAGAUAGCUAAUAGUCUUUCAACUUCCAAGUCAGUAAAGGUGAAGGUGACGUGGUGGGGAUGCCCUGACCACCCGAAGCAAAGCAUUCUGCAAUGGGGAAAAGGCAGAGGCGGCGGAUCUCAUGGGCGGUGGUUUGUGGAGUGAUGUUGUUUACAGUCGGUCUGAUAUCUUUGUUUACAGGUCAUGUGGCUUCAAAUCUCGAAUGGUAUUCUCAGAAACUCGUUAAGCAUCGAUUGUGGUAUAGUAAAGUGGGUGGAUUCCGUCAUCAUGGACCAAUUAACAUCUGGAAAUCUGAGUUUUCAAACUUGUACUACGGAUGCAGUGAAAGAGGCCCUCAUUACAAACCUCCUGUUGCUGAGCUACUAUCAAAUGGAUAUCUUCUUAUAGCCACCAGUGGAGGGCUUAACCAACAAAGAAUCGGAAUAACAGACGCUGUAGUUGUUGCACGGAUAUUAAAUGCCACAUUGGUGGUUCCUGAGUUUGAUCAUCAUUCAUUUUGGAAGGAUGAUAGUGACUUUUCAAACAUUUUUGAUGUUGAUUGGUUUAUCUCUUUCCUUGCAAAGGACGUGGUUGUUGUGAAAAGAGUCCCAGACAAAUACAUGCGAUCACUUGAAAAACCCCCAUACACCAUGCGGGUCCCACGUAAAUCUGAACCUCAAUAUUACCUUCAUGAAGUUCUUCCUGUUCUCUUGAGGCGACAUGUUGUUCAGUUGACAAAGUUUGACUAUAGGCUUGCUGUUGACCUUAAUAAAGAACUACAAAGAUUAAGAUGUCGAGUGAAUUACCAUGCUUUUCGCUUUACAAAACCAUUGCAAGAUGUUGGAGAUCAUCUGGUGAUGAAAAUGAGGAAGAUGACAAAUCGUUAUAUUGCUGUUCAUUUAAGGUUUGAGCCUGAUAUGCUUGCAUUUUCUGGUUGUUAUUAUGGAGGUGGUGAUAAAGAGAGAUAUGAGCUUGGUGAAGUCAGGAAAAGGUGGUCCAGUUUAGGAGAAGUGAAUCCUGAUGGAGAGAGAAAGCAAGGAAAGUGUCCACUUACACCACAUGAGGUGGGGUUGAUGCUGAGUGCACUCGGUUUCAAGAAUGACACAUACAUUUAUGUUGCAUCAGGUGAAAUCUAUGGAGGUGAAGAAACUUUGAAGCCUCUUAGACAACUUUUUCCAAAUUUAUACACCAAAGAGAUGUUGCUCAUGGCUUCUCAACAAGAACACCUUCUUCAACCUUUUCUUCCCUUUUCUUCACGUCUUGCAGCCAUUGAUUACAUUGUUUGUGAUGAGAGUGAUGUUUUUGUCACUAACAACAAUGGGAACAUGGCAAAAAUUCUUGCUGGAAGAAGGAGGUAUAUGGGGCAUAAAAGAACAAUUAGACCAAAUGCAAAGAAGUUGAGUGCUUUAUUUUUGCAAAGAGAGAAGAUGUCAUGGGGGAGUUUCUCAAGUAAAGUGAAAUCAGCUCAAAGGGGGUUUAUGGGGGACCCGGAUGAGAUGAAACCUGGACGUGGUGAUUUCCAUGAAUACCCUUCCACCUGCAUCUGCAAGACAUUCAAUUAUCAUCAUCAUGACAACAACACAAAACAAGAUAUGCUCAAGCUCAACCAUGAAAGAGAGUAUGAAUUUGAAGGUGUUAUUAGUAGUAAUACCACUACUACACAUAGAGAUGAUGAUGCUGAUGCAUCACUAGAAGAGAAAGAAGAUGAUGAUUUUUUGGCUGGUGACUAGUGUAAACCAUUGUAUUUGACCGAUUUGUUGUCAUUACAACCAUUCUUAUGGAAAAUUCAAAACAAGAGUCUAAGAAAUGUAAAUCAUCUCUCAACAUUUUUGGUUAUAUAAUUAAUGAGCUUUUUUUUGGUGUC